CCACCACCACCACCACCACUAUCCAUCUGCUCCGCCACGUGACGGCUGGCUCUUCAGAAUCAAUUUCCGAUCCAUUUUCAUGCUUCCUUGGUGAGAAAUGCCUCAGAAGGUUUAUGAAACUCGGAGUUCUAAUACUAAGGCAAAGGUCAAAUACACAACAUGGACGACUGCUAUGGACAAUUGUCUCUCCAAGAUUCUUGCAGAACAUGCAAAAGAAGGUUCCAAGGGUGAGAACAUAAAACCUGCGACAUAUGAUGCUGCCGUCAGAGCAGUCAAUGAAAACUUUGGGCUUGAAUUGAACAAACAUCAUGUCAAAAACCGCCUCAAGACAUUAAAAAAGCAAUAUGCAGUUCUAAGUGAGAUUGUGGGUCGUAAAGGAUUUAAGUGGGACAAGGCACAAAAAAUGGUUAUUGCAAAUGAUGCCACUUGGAAAGAAUAUAUAAAGGUAAAUCCGGAUGCUAAGACUCUCCGUGACAAGGCAUUCGAGAACUAUGAUGAGCUGGGAAUUAUAGUGGGCACUGAUCAAGCAUUAGCCAGUUGUUCUGAUAAUGACACCCAUGGAGUGGACGAAAUGUUUGACAACUUUGAGACUGCUAUUGAACCUGAAAUCCAGAGUGAUGAGAAGCAGACAAAGAAUUUGAGGUGGACAGAACAAAUGGAUAAUUGUCUUGGUAAAAUUCUGACAGAACAAGUGCAGAAAGGUUAUAAAAUAGGGAAUACUUUGCAUACUGAGGCUUAUGAAGCAGCAGUUAGAGCUUUAAAUAAAGAAUGUGGUCCUGGUUUCAGCAAAGAAAAUAUUAAGAAUCGCCUUAAAACUUGGAGGAAACAAUAUAGCAUUUUGAAUGAGCUUCUUUCUAAUGACGGAUUCAAGUGGGAUGCAAUGCAAAAGAUGAUAGUCGGAAAUGAUUCCUUGUGGGACGAAUAUAUUAAGACAAAUCCAGAAGCAAAAUAUUUGCGAGGAAGAUGCAUUGAGAACUAUGAUGCCUUGCAUUUCAUCCUUGGCAAUGAUAGUGCAAACAGAUGUUGGUCUACAACUGGUGAAAAGGGUGAUGGCAAUCUUGCUCCCUGCAAUCAACAACAUAAUGGAAUCAGAUUGCCUGACGUUGUGGAGGAACUAAGCCUGGACAAUACCUGUGAGGGCACUCAAGGUUCAUCCCAGCAGACCAGAGCUAGGCCUUCUUCAUCAUCACAGUCGAAGCAGCUAACGAAGAAGAGGUCUAGUAGCGAUGCGAUGGUGGAAGUGAUGAGAGCCGUUGCUGUAAAUAUUGGAAGGAUUGCUGAUGCUUUGACAGCGAAUGAGUCAGUCUGCUUGGAUGAAAUAUUUGAGACGGUAAAGAACAUUCCAGGUUUUGAUGAUGACCUCAUUAUUGAUGCCUGUGAAUUUCUUUCUUUUGAUGAGAAAAGGGCCAAGAUGUUCCUGAAACUAGAUGAGAGGCUCAGAAAAAUGUGGCUUUUAAAACGAUUGCGCUCUCAGGGUAGUUAAAAGUUCUAUUUUAUCCGUGAAUGUUAGGCCUUUCCUAAGAAUUUUUACUUGCUGCCCAUCUUGUGAAAAGUCAUGCUAAUAGCUACUUUGCACAUUUUGUUUUGUACAAUUUUCAGGUCUUGGUAAUUAGUGGGCUCAACUUGAUUUUUCAUAUA